UGCAGGGUUGGGGACAUCAAGACGUGGGGAGACCGGAGCGCCCCUCGAGGUGAAGCCACUGGGUUGCAAGACCUGUGCCGGGCGUUCCCUGGGAGAACCAAGGGACUCACCUCUCCCCCACCCUCCGCCGCACGCACAACUUCUCAGCUUUUCACCUGGACUGGCGCACGACGACUGGCGGACUCGGGCGCGGGGCCUGCAGGGCAGCGGGGCGCCCCCUGCCCAGGUCCCCAGUCGGGGCGAGGGGACAGUGUUGCACCCCUCGCCCACACCUGCUGUGCCUGGAUGGCUCCACUGGCUGAGUGAGCAAGGCGGCACGCACUUCUUCCCAAGGACCCCUCGUCGUGGGGGACGAUGUACGAGAGUGUGGAAGUGGGGGGGCUCACCCCCACCCCUAACCCCUUCCUAGUGGUGGAUUUUUAUAACCAGAACCGGGCCUGUUUGCUUCCGGAGAAGGGGCUUCCCGCCCCUGGCCCCUACUCCACCCCGCUCCGGACUCCGCUUUGGAAUGGCUCAAACCACUCCAUCGAGACCCAGAGUAGCAGCUCGGAGGAGAUCGUGCCCAGCCCCCCCUCCCCACCUCCCCUUCCCCGCAUCUACAAGCCGUGCUUUGUCUGCCAAGACAAAUCCUCAGGCUACCACUAUGGGGUCAGCGCCUGCGAGGGCUGCAAGGGCUUCUUCCGCCGCAGUAUCCAGAAGAACAUGGUAUACACGUGUCACCGUGACAAGAACUGCAUCAUCAACAAGGUGACCCGGAACCGCUGCCAGUACUGCCGGCUGCAGAAGUGCUUCGAAGUGGGCAUGUCCAAGGAAUCUGUGCGGAACGACCGGAAUAAGAAAAAGAAGGAGGUGCCCAAGCCCGAGUGCUCUGAGAGCUACACACUGACGCCCGAGGUCGGGGAGCUCAUUGAGAAGGUGCGCAAAGCGCACCAGGAGACCUUCCCCGCCCUCUGCCAGCUGGGCAAGUACACUACGAACAACAGCUCAGAACAACGUGUCUCUCUGGACAUUGACCUCUGGGACAAGUUCAGUGAACUCUCCACCAAGUGCAUCAUCAAGACCGUGGAGUUCGCCAAGCAGCUGCCCGGCUUCACCACCCUCACCAUCGCCGACCAGAUCACGCUCCUCAAGGCAGCCUGCCUGGACAUCCUGAUCCUGCGGAUCUGCACGCGGUACACGCCUGAGCAGGACACCAUGACCUUCUCAGACGGGCUGACCCUGAACCGGACCCAGAUGCACAACGCUGGCUUCGGACCCCUCACCGACUUGGUCUUUGCCUUCGCUAACCAGCUGCUGCCCCUGGAGAUGGACGAUGCCGAGACCGGGCUGCUCAGUGCCAUCUGCCUUAUCUGUGGAGACCGGCAGGACCUGGAGCAGCCAGACCGGGUGGACAUGCUGCAGGAGCCGCUGCUCGAGGCGCUGAAGGUCUACGUGCGCAAGCGGAGGCCCAGCCGCCCCCACAUGUUCCCCAAGAUGCUGAUGAAGAUCACAGACCUGCGAAGCAUCAGCGCCAAGGGGGCCGAGCGAGUGAUUACGCUGAAGAUGGAGAUCCCGGGCUCCAUGCCACCCCUCAUCCAGGAGAUGUUGGAGAACUCAGAGGGCCUGGACACUCUGGGCAGCCAGCAGGGCGGCCCCGGAAGGGACGAGGGCGGCCUGGGGCCCCCGCCUGGCAGCUGUAGCCCCAGCCUCAGCCCCAGUUCCACCCGAAGCAGCCCGGCCACCCACUCCCCGUGACCACCCCUGUGCUCUGUGGACAUGGCCCUCGCUCCCACGCCACCCCGGCUUCUCUCUGCCUUUCUGCCGACCGACCAUGCGACCCCUGCCAGCCCUGUCCCCCACUGUGGGGCAUGGGUUGGGGUGCCUUCCCCGGAAGGCAGGAGGAAAAAGGCAGCAACUCCUCGGACCAGACCGAGGCCUGUGUCCCGGACGGACGGACGUCAGGGGCGAAGCUGUGAGUGGAGCCCCGGGCCUGGCCCCGGGAUGGGGGUGCCUCAUGUGGCUCGGGACAGCUGCCUGCCCACCUUCCACGUGUUCAUCACCAGCAAACACCCAGACCUGGCUCCCUGCCUGCCCAGCUCACAAAGCCAUCAUCACCCCCCUGGCCGGGGACUCGUGGGGUGGGCCGGGGUGGGCUUCCCUGUACAUAUCGUACCAACCCCAGGUAUUAAUUCUUGCUGGUUUUGUUUUUAUUUUAAUUUUUUUUUGUUUUGAUUUUUUUUAAAUAAGAAUUUUCAUUUUAAGCACAUUUAUACUGAAGGAAUUUGUGCUGUGUAUUGGGGGGAGCUGGAUCCAGAGCUGGGGGUGCGGGUCCUGGGGGAGGGGCGUGGCUCACAGGGGCUCCUGCUCUCCCGCCCACUCCUCACGCCCCCCCAGACCUCCCCCUCCUUUUCUCCUCCGUUUUCUCCUUAAAACUGUGAAAUGCUCGCUCCCCGAGGCCCAGCGCCUCUCCUCCAUGCCCCCUCCACCUCUUCCCAACCACUGAGUGGGGGCAGCCUGAGCAGGAGGGGCUCCUGGCCCUUGCACCUGCUGCACCCCCUGUGGUCUCUGGGUGACCCCCCCACACCCCUCCCCUCAGGACCCAGCUUGUCCACGCCCCUCAGCCCCACUGUGAAGGGGCCAGCUGGGGGUCAGGGGAGGCCUGAGCUGUCCCAUGCCCUCCCUCACAGCACCAGCACCCCCGGGGUCCCCAGACACACACACACACACACAAUACACACACACACUGUGGACAGUAAAUGGCCCACACUUGGCCUGAGUUCCUUCAUUUCCCUGGCCUGCCCCCCACACUCCCCACCUGCGCCCCCUCCUUGCCCCGCAGGACGGGCCUACAGGGGGGUCCCUCAGCCCCGUGUCCUUGCACCCCUGGGCUGGGAGGAGCUGGCUGUGCCCUGCCCUCCUCGCCCGGGGAGUGGGGUCUCCUGCCCCUGGAGCCCGCUGGUGCACCUGUUACUGUUGGACUUUCCACUGAGAUCUACUGGAUAAAGAAUAAAGUUCUAUUUAUUCUA